AUGCUCAAAUACGCAUUCGUCGCAUUUGCGGUAUUUGCUGCAUGUGAAGCAUUUUUGUUUCCACCAAUGAUGGGUGGUGGAGGAAGUAGUUGUUGCCCUGCGCCAGCCCCAGCACCAGCGGCGCCCUGCUGCCCACCUCCAGCUCCACCACCAGCUCCUUGUUGUCCACCUCCAGCUCCUCCUCCACCACCUCCAGCCCCAUGCUGUCCUCCUCCACCAUCACCUUGCGGAGGUGGAGGCGGAGGAGGAUGCGGAGGAGGUGGCGGUGGUGGUUAUGCACCUCCUCCACCGGCGUAUCCUCCUCCAUCUGGCGGAGGUUAUGCUGCUCCUCCAGGAGGUGGUUACGCUAUUGCUGGCAAGAAGAUGAUCAAAUACGCAAUCGUCGGAUUUGCGGUAUUCGCUGCAUGUGAAGCAUUCUUGUUCGGAAGUAUGGGCGGAGGAGGAGGAGGAAGCUGCUGCCCUGCCCCAGCACCGGCACCGUGCUGCCCACCUCCAGCUCCCGCACCAGCACCGUGCUGCCCACCUCCAGCUCCCCCACCAGCACCGUGCUGCCCACCUCCUCCAUCACCUUGCGGAGGCGGCGGCGGAGGAUGCGGAGGAGGCGGCGGUGGCGGAUAUGCAGCUCCUCCAUCUGGUGGCGGUUACGCUACUUCUGGUGGAGGUGGUUAUCCUUCCGGAGGAGGUGGUGGCUACCCUACCGGAGGAGGCGGCGGCGGUGGCUACGCUAUGGCUGGCAAGAAGUAA